AGAAAGCUAAUUAUCGACAAUUUUUUUUCCCAAUAGUCAAUCAAUUAUUGAGAAUUCAGAGAAUUUUUUUUGUUUGCCACAGGAAUUCUUCAUGGGAUUGGGAGGGAAAGCAAAAAUUGCAGCCACGAUUUAGUUUGGAUUUUUUUUUAAUUGGAUCGCUGAAUAUCCGAGGUCCGCGCCCGCCAAAAUCACUUGCAAUUGUAUCAGCUCGACAUUCGACCCGAAAUCCAAGCUGGCCGGCUUCAGGGGAAUUAAAUGCCACGUCAACAAUCUGUGCCAACUCGAAAACCCAAUGAGAGAUGACCACGUCUAAUAGGCGCACUGAAAGCACCCUACUCUUCACGCAUCUUUGUAUGCCGUCGAUUCAAGUUUCCUAAUCAACGGUCAAGAUCCUCUAUUUCAUCUAUCCGCGGCAGACUCCGAUAUCCAAUGGGAUUGCUUCUCUGGCACCUAUAUAUAUAUUAUUCGGCCCACAAAGCAAUCUCUCAAAACUUACUCUAAUCCCAAAGAAUCGUCUAAUCCUCUACCCAUCUGUUUUUCCCCUCCUCGCGAAGAAACCCCCCAAAUCUCAUCUCACCUUCCUUUCGAGAUGGCGCCAAAGGCCGCAGAGAAGAAGCCCGCAGAGAAGAAACCGGCCGCCGAGAAGCCAACGGAGGAGAAGAAGACCGUGGCCGAGAAGGCUCCCGCAGAGAAGAAGCCCAAGGCCGGGAAGAAGCUCCCCAAGGAAGCCGGCGCAGUUGCAGGAGACAAGAAGAAGAAGAGGAACAAGAAGAGCGUGGAGACCUACAAGAUCUACAUCUUCAAGGUCCUGAAGCAGGUCCACCCGGACAUCGGGAUCUCCAGCAAGGCGAUGGGGAUCAUGAACUCCUUCAUCAACGACAUCUUCGAGAAGCUCGCCCAGGAAUCCUCCAGACUCGCUAGGUACAACAAGAAGCCCACCAUCACCUCCAGGGAGAUCCAGACCGCCGUCAGAUUGGUGCUGCCCGGAGAGCUCGCCAAGCACGCCGUUUCUGAGGGCACCAAGGCCGUCACCAAAUUCACCAGCUCUUGAAAAUUGUGUGUGGUCUGAGUUAGGGUUUAGGGUUAUACGCCAAUUUAGAUGUUUUGUCUCUGGGUGUGGUUUGCCGGUCUAGAUCUCGUAGUCACUGAGUUCGUUUCGAUGGAUUGAUGGCUUCAGUUGUAUUUUCCUUGCGUUUCUUGCUUGAUAACUUUGUAACUACCUAAAGGAAAUGGUAAUCGGAUUCCAUGGUUAUAUUUUGUAGUUGAAUUCUUGGUUUUUGAUGCUAUUAUUAUUAUUCCCAAUCAGAAGAACCCAUAUUCUGUUUUGCGUGCUUGGUGCUCCUUCCUUGAAUGGAAUAAUUGGAGUCUUGCGUUUGAGUAAUCAAAAUCUGUCGUCGUCCCUGUAUUUGGUCCCACGGUGACGACAGAGAGCGGCAUGUAUCGAGCCUCAAAGAAACGGCGCCGUGGCUUUUGUGCCGAUGAAGAGGGCAUCUAUCCUUGGGAAGGGCAGGGGCACAUGGCCUUUUGUGCCGAGUUAGGACAAUAGGACCCGAGGAAAACUGGGAAGCGGUUACAUUUCUCUGCUGAAUUUGCGUCCUGUUGCCGUGGCGAUUGUCAAAUAUCAACCUUUACCCUUCCUUCGGACCUUUACACGUUAUAUAGAAACUGGGAUAACUCAUAUGAUUGUUCGAUGAUGUUUGGCUGGUCUGGUCACAUGGGCGCGGUUUAAUUAUUCAACAUGAACAUGAAUCAGUAAGAUUUGUACGAUUUACAACCAAGCUCAACAAAGAAGCUUUCAGUAUGGCCUUCCAAUAUGCUCAACUACUUCUUGCUGCUGCUUAAAUCUGAUAAUUGUCUUCAUCGUCAUCUCCAUCUGCUGUGUAAUAGGCUGGUGGGAAGUGAGCCAACUAAUACAUAACCCAAAGCAAUUUCAGUUAAAUUUCAUAACUUCAUGCACAUCCUUCAAAAAAUGCAGAUUAUUAUAAUGACCAAAUGAUAAUCAAACCAAACGAAAACCAUACCGUUGCAGCCAUACCGAGUGCUUCUUUAAUUUGUCAGCAUGAUAAUCAAACCAAACGAAAACCAGUUAUGGGUCUUAUACUGGUUGUUGGUUAAAUGAUAACCGAUAAAGUUGAUUUUCUCGA